CACUUAACGGUACAACUGGGAGGAAAACUUUUCAUCGAGAAAAAGAAACAAAAAGGACUGAGGAUCCAGGCUCCAGAAAAGGAGAGGGAAGGUCAGUGACUUUUUUCACCCACUGAAGAUGCUGUGAUUCAGAAAAUAUCAAUGGCCGCAGCAACCGACAGUCAGAGUUCGGCCUCGCUCGGCUCCCAGGUGCAUGCUGCUGCUGUCAACGGAGACAGAAGUGCCUUACAGAAACUCAUCACAGGUAACAAAUCACUGCAAUCUCAGCUGAUGAAAAAGUCAAAUCAUAUUGAUGCAGAACCUGCCCUGCGGGACCGUGAAGACCAGUUUGGGCGGACCCCUUUAAUGUACUGCGUGCUGGCUGACCGCCUGGACUGCGCAGAUGUUCUGUUAAAGGCCGGAGCCUCCGUCAACAAGACUGACCACAGCCGUCGCACGGCCCUUCACCUCGCUGCACAGAAGGGAAACAUACGUUUCCUGAAGCUGCUGCUUUCCAGACGUGCAAACUGGCUGCAGAAAGAUAUAGAGGAGAUAACUCCCCUCCACUUAGCCACACGCCACACAUCUUCAAAAGCCCUCGCUCUUCUCCUCAAAUACAUUGGACCUGGAGAAGUGGAUACGCAAGACAAAAAUAAGCAAACUGCUCUCCACUGGUCAGCGUUCUAUAACCGACCAGAACAUGUCCGUCUUCUGAUCAAGCACGACUCUAACAUCGGCAUCCCUGACAGCGAAGGGAAGAUCCCGCUUCACUGGGCCGCCCACAGCCAGGAGCCCAGCGCUACUCAGACUGUCCGCUGUAUACUGGAAGCAGCUCCCACCGAGUCUCUUCUGAACUGGCAGGACUACGAGGGUCGAACUCCCCUGCAUUUUGCUGUCGCUGACGGUAAUGAGGCAGUGGUGGAGGUGCUGACGUCUUACGAGGGUUGUAAUGUGACGGCUUAUGAUAACCUGUUCAGAACGCCACUGCAUUGGGCCGCUCUGCUUGGUCAUGCCAAAAUUGUCCACCUACUCCUGGAAAGAAACACAUCUGGAACGAUUCCCUCGGACAGCCAGGGAGCAACACCGCUGCACUAUGGUGCGCAGAGCAACAAUGCAGAGACUGUGGGUAUGUUUCUGUCCCAUCCGUCAGUCAAAGAUGAGCCUGAUCUGGAAGGCAGGACGGCCUUCAUGUGGGCUGCUGGCAAGGGCAGUGAUGAUGUCAUCAAGACCAUGCUGACCCUCACCCCAAACAUUGACAUUAACAUGGCCGACAAGUAUGGUGGCACAGCGCUGCAUGCUGCCUCGUUGUCUGGCCAUGUGAGCACAAUGAAGCUGCUGCUGGACAGAGGGGCGAUGGUCGACACAGAGGAUGUGAUGAAGCAUACGCCGCUGUUUCGUGCCUGUGAGAUGGGACACCGUGAUGUCAUACUCACACUCAUCAAAGGUUCUGCACGUGUGGACCUAGUGGACGUAGACGGCCACACCGCCCUUCACUGGGCGGCUCUUGGAGGGAACGCAGAGGUCUGCCAGAUGUUGAUGGAGAAUGGGAUCAGUCCUAAUGUGCAGGACCAGGCAGGUCGGACUCCCCUGCAGUGUGCAGCUUACGGUGGGUACAUCACCUGCAUGGCUGUUCUGAUGGAGAACAAUGCUGAUCCAAACAUACAGGACAAGGAGGGCCGCACAGCCUUGCAUUGGUCUUCAAACAACGGCUAUUUGGAUGCAGUGAAAUUGCUGUUGGGUUACAACACUUUUCCCAACCACAUGGAGUACACAGAGGAGAGGUACACCCCACUGGACUACGCUCUGCUGGGGGGGCACAGUGAAGUCACCCAGUUCAUGCUGGAACAUGGUGCUCUAUCUAUAGCAGCGAUCCAGGAUAUUGCUGCUGCCACCAUCCAGGCAGUCUACAAGGGCUAUACUGUCCGCAAGGCCUUCAGAGAGAGGAAGCAGCUGCUGAUGAGGCAUGAGCAGCUACGCAAAGAUGCUGCAAAGAAGCGAGAAGAAGAGCAGAGGAGGAAAGAUGUUCAUCAGCAAGUGCCAGAGGAGAAAGAAAGAGUGGUCAGCAUUAUGCAGGACUUGUCAAUGAAGGAGUCUGUGGGAGAAACAAGCAAAGCAUCAAAAGCAGAGCAGGCCGAUGAUCAUCAUAAAAGUCACAAGAGCAGAAGAAAGAAAGUAGCUGAACCGACCACAGUGUUAAGUCAUGAUAGGACCCCUGACUGUGCUUCUGGUACUGUCCACAACAAGUUUACUGAACUGCUAUCCAGGCCCACUGUCAGCCAGCCACCUAACUUCAAGCCCAGACCACCGUCUACACCAAAAAUGAGGGAGCAAACAACGUCCAAAACCUCUCCUCCAAGGACCUCUUGCAGAAGCCUAGCUGAUUCCAAAACAUCUCAUCAUAAGCGAGAUACACACUCAAAGAAAUUUAAGACUGACUCUCACAAGCAGAGGAAGCCUAAUGAGAAAGCUUCAGAGAAGUUGACCCGAGGGACACCUUUGUUAAAAUGUUGCUCUUUGAAUGGCAGCGGCUCUGCAUCAAGAACUGAGGAGGCCACACAAGUUCCCACCUCCGCACACACUCUGAGAGCUUGGGAAAAGGACCAGCUGAGGAGAAGAAACAAGGCUGCGCGGAUAAUCCAAAGAGCUUGGCGAAGGUUUUGCGCAAAUAGACAGAGAAAAGUAAAAACAUCUGAAGAGUUGGAGUCAAGUGACUUCAAUCAAAUCAAGAAUAGGAAGAGGACAGAGAGGCAAGUGUCACCUGUGAAACUGGCGGUGAAGAAGAGCUCGGUGCUGCAAAGUAUCUAUGGUAAUCCAGUGGCCAGACAAGGUCGCCCACUCAGGGUCCCUCAGGCUCAGGUGCUCCUGGACUUGCCCUUACGCACACAAAGUCGGCGUAAGUUCAUGCACACACGCAUUUUUUUUUCCUUUUUCCAAGUCUGUGUUUGUGUCAUAGUGAGCGGUAUAGAUGGUGUACACCUGACUGAAGCCAUGAAUCAAGCGAAGCACUUCUCCUACCACCUGAGACCACUGAGUGCUGGACAAGGGACCAGAGGCAGAGGAAAAUACUGACCCGUAAUCCACAAACCUUAAAUCCUGACAUUGUUGCAGCUGGCUGGAAGCCAAAUCUCUAUAGAAUUACUGCACCUAAAAUUAAGCCAUAUGACAUCCGAGCCAUGACCAGAGGUGGGGUUACGUCUACAGAAAAGGUUUGUGUAACAGAUAACCUUUCAUCCACUGUGUGAUGUACUCGCACACUCUCCAUCGGUCUUGCUCGCCGCCGCUAUGGCGCACACACUGAGAUAACCUUUCGUCCUGUUGUGGAGAAUGAAGCCGUCUUUCAACGGCUGGUCAUACAGACAGCCCACCUGCAGGAACACACUUUCCUUCUUUCCACAAAGACUUCAUCUAAAAAUCUUCCAUAAAGUGAACUUUGUACAAAACAAUCAUUAUAUAAUUCAACUAUGCAUAAACCUCUAUUGCUAUUUGGUUAUAAACUUAAGAAACUACACGUUUACUUUGUGGUUUUGUUUUCCUUGGUCUUUAUUGUGUUUUGUUUUAUAUCAAAAGGUAAUCCUGUAAACAUUGGACUGAAGUUUGACAAUAACAAGGGUGUUAACAAAAUUGGAGAAAGAUGGGUCGACUGUUAACAUUGGGUUGUUUGCCAGCGUUUGAUGAUGGUAUGGGAGGGGUUCCAUCAGUAUAGU